GCUCCGGCGCGGCAUGCCCGGCCCGGCCCGCCGCCCGCCGCCGCCGCCGCCGCCGCCCACGGCCCCCGCCCGCGCGGCCCGCACCGAGCCCGCCGGCGGCCACGCAGUAGCAGCAGCGGCAGCCGGAGCCCGACGGCGCGGCCGCAAGGUCACCGCGCGCCAUGGAGGCCAAGGUCCGCCCGAGCCGCCGCUCGCGCGCGCAGCGGGACCGGGGCCGGCGUCGGGAGGCGGCCCGCGACGCCCGCGACCAGAGCGCCUCGUCGGGCGAGGAGCCCGAGCCCGGGCCCGGCAAGGAGAACGCGGGCCUGCCCCGCGCGCCCCCGCCCCGCGCCGCCGCCGCGCGCCCCCCGCGCCGCCGCCGCCGCGAGUCCAGCUCGCAGGAGGAGGAGGUCAUCGACGGCUUCGCCAUCGCCAGCUUCAGCUCGCUGGAGGCCCUGGAGAAGGACAUGGCCCUGAAGCCACAGGAGCGGAAGGAGAAAUGGGAGCGGCGCCUCGCCAAGAAGCCCCGGGAGUCAGAGCACGGCCCGCCGGCAGAGCCCAGUGAGAACGGCCGGCCCCCGGAGGUGGGCAGCCCCGAGCCGGACUUGGAGCCCGCCUGCGACCGGGGGCGGAAAGUCCCGCUGCAGCCCGCCAAGCAGGUGAAGGCUGCCCUGUCCAGAGGGGGCGACGGCCACAGCGAGGACGAGGGCUUCCGCGAGGCCACCAGCUCCCGGCGCAGCGCCUCCCGGGACCAGCUCAGUGACAGCUCAGCGCAGGCCGUGUCGGGCAGAGGCUAUUCCUGUGACAGCGAGAGCGACGGGGACGACAAGGCGUCUGUGGGCUCCGAGAAGCUCUUCGCCCCGGCGGCCGAGAAAGGCCCCACGCGAGGCGAGACGGCGGAGGCCAAGGCCGGGCUGGCGCCCAAGGUCUCGGGCCUGGAGCGCAGCCGCGAGCUGAGCACCGAGCCUCCGUUCCUGCCCUCCGCGCGCAGCCCCGCGCCACCCCCCGGCCCCCGGCCCCGCGCCCCCGCCAGCCCGCCCAUCAAGAAGGAGGCGCCCGCCCUGCCCCGCCUCACCCCGCAGCCGCCGCCUGCGCCCCCGCAGCCCCGGGCUCCGCUCCCGACACACGUGCCUCUGCCCCUGGGCGCCUUCCACGGCCACUGCCACGGCCACGGCCCGGGCCACGGCCACGGCCACGGCCAGGCUGUGCACAGCAGCCUGCUGGGCCUCAGCAGGAGCGGCGGCGGCGUUGGCGGUGGCCUGGGGCUCGCGAAGCACGCGUCCCUGUCGCCGCUCGGACCGGGCGCGCACCUGUCUACCUCACACCUGGCGCUCCGCUCCCAGGCCCAGCACCAGCACCACGCGGCCAUGUUCGCCGCCCCCGCCACGCUGCCCCCGCCCCCGGCGCUGCCGGCCAACAGCCUGGUCCUCCCCGGACACCCCGCCGAUGCCAGCCUGUUGAUCUCAUUCAGCCCGCCAAUCAUGUAUUGCCAGCCUCAUGCGGGGAUUCUGAUUGGCGCUUGGUCACAGGCCCCUCUCUUCCCUCCGCCCUGGGGCGCGCACCUGGCGAGCGGCCACCACGGCGUGGCCUGCCGAGGCCGGGAGUGCCAGGUGACUAUCCGCCUGCCCGCCGGCGGCCGACCCGCUCUGUCUCUCUCUCCUUCUCUCCUAGAUCGCGAGCUGCUCAGGCAAGAGCUGGACGCGCGCUUUCUGGUCCAGAGCACUGAGCGGCCCGGCGCCCCCCUGGGCCCGGCGGCUCUGCGGCAGGCGGAGUUCCACCAGCACCAACACACACACCAGCACACACACCAGCACCAACACACACUGGCCCCCCUCCCCGCGGGGCCCCCGCCGCCCGCACCCCUGCCGUUUGACAAGUACCCGCCCGCGCUGGACAGCCCCUACCUGCGACAUUCCAGCUUUUUCCCGUCCUUCCCGCCCUCCAUCCCGGGACUGCCCUCCCUGCUCCCACACCCAGGCCCCUUCGGGUCCCUGCAGGGCGCUUUUCAGCCCAAGACUUCAAACCCCAUCGAGGUAACGAGCCGGACCAGCGCUGUGCACACCCUGCUGCCCAAGGGCCCCGGGGUGUCGGAGCCGUACCGGACCGCGGUCAGGAAGCCGGGGAAGUGGUGCGCGGUGCACGUGCAGAUCGCCUGGCAGACCUACCACCACCAGCAGCGGCUGAAGAUGCAGCUGGACCCCCACAAGCUGGAGGCGGGCGCCAAGCUGGACGUGCUCAGCAGGGCCCCCGCCCCGGGCCUGCUCCCCGGGGUCCUCUACCCGCAGGAGCGGGCCCCGCCCCUCUUCUCCAGCUCAGGUGCUGCCCACGCCGCCGCCAACCACUUCGGCCCCUCAGCCCACCCCGGCAGCUUCCUGCCCCCGGCUCACCUGGCAGACCCCUUCAGCAGGCCGAGCACCUUCGGGGGCCUGGGCAGCCUGGGCAGCGCCGCCUUCGGAGGCCUGGGCAGCCACGCACUGACUGCAGGCAGCAGCCUCUUCGCCCCCAAGGAGGGCUCCGCUCUGCACGGGCUGCCCAGCCCCCAGGAGGCCUGGAGCCGGCUGCACCGGGCGCCCCCGUCCUUCCCCACGCCACCCCCCUGGCCCCGGCCCCUGGACACGGAGCGGGUCUCAGCCCUGACCAACCACGACCGAGAGCCGGACAAGGGCCGGGAGGCCAGGGAGCGGGCCCUCCUGCUCCGGGGCCCGGCCGACCCGCGGGUGAAGGAGAGCCGCUCCCCCGCCAGGGAGGCCCCGGCCGCGCCGUCCCCCUGCGGCAAGGGGGCCCCCGGCGACCGCCUGCGCCCGGCCGGCCCCCUGGGCCCCGCGCGGCCGCCCGAGGGCGACGUGAAGGUGAAGGAGGAGCGCGGGGAGGACGGCGAGGCCCCGGGCCCGCACCACCUGCGCCUGGGCUUCGCGUGGGAGCCGCUGCGGGACGCCUACCCCUUCCGCGGCCCGGAGCUGCCCCGGCGCACCCCGCCCGCCGCCCCCGAGCCUCCCGAGCGCCUCUGCCGCGACCGGGAGCCGCGCGGCUUCAGCCCCGAGCGCCUGCGGGCGGCGCCCCCGCCCCUGCCCGGCCCCCUGCACCCGGGCGCCCCGCACCUGCCCGGCCCCGUGCCCCCCGCGCCCCCGGGCGCCCCGCACUUCGCCCGCCUCGGGCCCGCGCUGCACAACGGACUCCUGGCGCGGACCCCGCCGGCCGCCGCCGCCCUGGGCGCGCCGCCUCCGCUGGUGGCCGCGGGCGGGGCCCCCGCGUCCCCCGGGCCCCCCCGGAGCAGGACUACGCCUCUCGGGGCUCCCGAGGCGCCCGACUUCUCUCCGUCCCGGAACCCCCCGGAGGUGGAGGCGCGGUAGCUGCGGGCCGCCUGGCGCGGACCCCGCCCGCCGGCCGCCGGCCCGGACUAAGCACAGGCCUCGCCGGGCGCCCUCCCGCGGCCCCGGGGAGCCACAGCCUCUGGGCCCAGACCAGGCUCUUGGGAGAAAAUCCAAGUUUGUACAUUUUUCCCACAGGUGAGAGCGUUUAUAAUAGAUUUGUAUUUUUUUCAAUUUUGUGCUCUUUAGACGUUUAAAAGGAAACAAAAGUUUUGCUUUUUAACUUUUAGUUCCGAUUUGCAGUUUAACAGCCUCAGAUCCUUUCCCAGCGCCCCGGGGUUUGGGUUUUGGUGUUUGUUUUGUUUUUUUCGUCUUAUUUAUGGAGAAAAAACGGUCAUUUUGUCCAACAACACUGUGAGGCCCCCACUCAGGCUGAGCCCCGCCCGCCCUCGGCACUUGGAACCGAAGUUACAGAUAUUAUAUUAAAAGAAUAUUAAUGUA